AUGGUGUUUCAUAUUAGCCGCAAGUCCAGAAUCAUUAUAGCAAUCAGUAUAUCGGCGCUGUUCUUCAUAGCGGAGCUAUAUGGUGAGUGGUCGACAUGUAUCGGCCGUCUCAACCAAGGUCUAACACAGUGUUUUCUCUACCAAGUUGCAUUCAGGACUCGCUCAUUGGCCCUCAUGGCAGAUGCCUUUCAUUAUAUCAAUGAUGUUAUCAGUUUUGUAAUAGGUCUGGUGGCCGUAAUGCUCUCUGAACAGAAAAAGACGCCACCAGAGAUGCUCCCUUUUGGCUGGCAGAGGGCCACUAUACUGGGCUCUUUUUUCAAUGGUGUUUUUCUUCUUGCUCUUGGUCUGAGUAUCUUUCUCCAAUCCAUUGAACGUUUUAUAUCCCUUGAACGUAAGUAG